AAAGAGACUUGUUCUUUCAUGCCGACUUGAGCUUGCUUUAGCUGUCGCAGUUGGAGUGGGUGAGAAGGGUCCUAAACCACUCGAGCAGGUAUAUUUCUCGAACCGAAAUAGCCCUCGCUGAUCUUCCUCUUUAGUACACUCUUCAGCGUCGCUUCAGGUCUCUUCUCUUCUACGCCUUCUGGUUUUCUUCUGCUCUUCCGCUACCAACAACACGCGAAAGUGUUGCGGUCACCAAAAUCACUCAAAUAAAAACUAUAAAUAUCAAUAAACACCCAAAAAACACAAAAAAGAUCUCUCGGUUAUGGUUUUCCGGUCGUGUCGUGCGCGUAUCCUGUCUGCAUGCUCGUCUCAAGUGAUAUUAUAUUAAAUAUCAUGUUAUCGUAAUGCAUAUUAAAUAAAAAAAACGAAACAUGCAUUAAAACACGCAUAACCGAUGCUGCUGCAGUGCAACUGGAAGUGGAAUUGUAAUAAAUUCAACGUUGAGCAUUCAACGUGUGUGUGCGCGCGCGACAACAACGAAGAGAUACGACACACAUGCAUGUGGAGAAUUUAAUCUGUAUGAAAAGUACGUAAAACAAAUGCUUCUAUUUAUAGCAAGCGUUCUGCACUCGGGGGAUAUCAACGCCGAUGUGUGUGCGGAGCACAUCACGCAUCGAACAAUUAAAAUUGUAAUAAAUGAUGAAGUGAUACGCGUUCAUGUGCGCGCAUGAUUCAGCCGUCGUUAAACACUCGGCGCGCACACACGCAGAACGCGCAAAAAAAACCGAAUAACUUGAAUAAACAAUAUUUGAAUACAUUGUGUGAACGGUUUAUCUCGCUCGUAAUCUUAUCUAAUCAGGCAGGAGUUAGUUUUGGUGUGUCGUCGUCGUGUAAUCCGGACACAACACGUUGACGAAUUAAUAUAUCGAGAAUCAAUCGAAAAAACAAUUUGAAAAGUUGAGAUUUCUAUGCAAAUUUCGCGUCGUGUCUGGAUGUAGUGUCGAGUGCUGGUGAUUGUGAUAUCAUAUCGCCGCAUCCUGUCGACUUCGUCGCGAUUUAAACAUAACAACAUUGUCAUUCGUGCAUUCAAAUGGGUUUUGGUUCAAAGACGAAACAAUGUUGACGCGGAUUAAAUUGUUUAUGCUUUUUGCAUGCGUCUUCAUGAUUCAAACGAGUUAUUCGCAGCAAACAAUUGAAUCGACUGAAGUUACUAAAAUUGCUGAAUCGAGCACAAUUACUACAACAACAGAAUGGGAAACAUCCGCAACUGAAAACACUACAAGUGAUGUUAAAACAACGGAUAGUGAUUCAGGAGAUAAAUCUACUUUAAACUCUUUUUCAUCAAAAGAUGGUUUAAAUUCAAGCCCUGUUGAUGAAGUUGAAGAUAAUAACUUGUCAGAAGAUGAAGAAAACAAUUAUAAGACUUCCUGUGACAAAUGCAAACAAAACCCUGAAAUUCUUGGAUUAAAACAUCAAAUUAUAAAUGACACAAUUAAAAUUCAAUGGGACCCAAUUGAAGAAACUGAAUUAAAUUGUCAGUACAAAUAUACAACAAAAAUUAACGAAUUUAAUGAUUAUCUUGACUUCACACGUUUUGCAAACACAACUGGUGUUGAUAUACCUAUCAAAGAUCUCUGUGGUAUACACACAGUAAAUAUAUUAGCAAGCAAUAUCUGCGGUAAUGAAGUGAACCAAACCAUUUCCAUUGUUAUUCCAGCCAAGUCUUUUAAAAUUUCAAUGGAGAAAAUUAAUAGUAACAAGACACAGAUUAAAAUAACUACCAAUUGCAACAGCAACUCCAGUAGUUUGCAAAUAAGUUGUGACUCAGGUUAUAAUAAAACUUUUACUAAUGUACAAGACACUGAUGUUAAAACACUUGACGGAUUGAAAGCUUUUACAAACCACUCUUGCCGAGGAGAGUUGUUUAAAGACAAUAAUUCAGUGGGGAAUGCAAGUUUUACUUUUCAAACUGAACAAAGUGCACCAAGUAAAGUUAGAAAUAUUACAGUUUCUAAUAUAACGGAUUCGAGUUUUGAAAUAAAUUGGGAAAGUCCUAAAAAUGUUCGCGGUAUUCUCACAAAUUAUACUAUUACUUUGGAAGGUCGUCCAUUGUAUAAUCCACCAGUAUUUUGUCAAGAUCUUUAUAAAAAUAUCAAAAUUGGUCCUGUUUCUGUGAGCGCUGAUGUAAAAACUCAUGUUUUUCAAAAUUUGUCUGGAAAUUACGAGUUUAACAUUACUAUCAAAGCGAAAACAAGUAAAUUUGGUCCGUUGGAAUCAAUAACUACUAAAACAUCUACACCAUCUCCUGGGGAAGUUGAGAAUUUAAAUAAAUUCAUAGAUGCUUCAAAAAUAAAUCAACCAAAAGCCCAAAUAAGUUGGAGUUAUCCUUGUGCAACUUAUACAUCUGUGAAUAGAGUUGUAUUCAGCAUACAUAUUGCUGAAAAUUCAAAAACAACAGAAAGAAUCAAUGAAACCAUGAACAUUGAUAAUCCACAACAAAAUUUUACAAUAGAUCAGGAACUGAAGCCAUCUACCAAUUACACUAUAAUGGUUUACACAAUUAAUUUAGAUACAAGUCAAAUAAGCACAGCUAACAGUUUGCAAUUUGAAUCACCUGAAGGAGUGACUAGUCCGCCAUUAUUCUUAUCUUCUGAGAUUGACUCUUUUAUGAUUGACAUGUACUGGCAAAAACCUACAUAUGUUUUUGGAGAUUUGGUUUCUUAUAAAGUAAAUAUCACUUCCUUCGGUCCUCUGCACAAACUUGGCUGUGAUGAAGUCUAUUUAGACAAUACAUUACUGUUGGAAACAAAUAGCACCCACAUUAGUCAAAGUGUCAAACCAAAUCAUAAAUACUCUGUUGAAAUCACCACCAAUACCACUCGAAUGGUUGGAGAAACACUUAAAUAUGAAUUUAGUACAAAACCAUUCCAAAGUGAACCAGUUUUGAAUCUGAUAUGUAAUGCUACUGAAAAUUCAUCAAAUGGCUCAGCUGGUUUGAGAAUACAAUUUGAACCACCUUGUAAUACAAACGGUGUAUUUGAUUAUUAUAGCAUCACUGUCUUUGAUGAACAAGGUAGUAAAGUCUUCGAACAUCGAGAUAAUUCCACAUUUUUUGAAAUAUCAGACAUGAAAUACGAAUCAACCUACAGAGUAGAUGUAAAUGUUGUAACUAAAGGGGAUUUGAAAAGUAGAGACGAAUUUUGUGAUGUUAAAACGAAGUCGGAUAAACCAAAUCCACCAAACUUGAACAAAAGUGAAGUCAUUGCACAUAUCUAUGAUAAACAAGUUGAGGUCAUGUUGAGAGAUGAUUAUUUCGACAACAGUCAUGGUGAAGUAAAGUUCUUUGCAUUACUGGUUGGCUUAGCAACAAAGUGGGAGACAAAGAAUAAUUUAGAUAGUGGUUAUUGGGAUGGUAUCAAGUGGCCUAAUGAUGAGUUCUGGAAUGAAGAGGGUUUGCCUUAUCAAGCAACACCUGCAAAAUGGCAACCACUUAAAGGAACCAUUCAAAAAUUUAUUUUUAAACUUGGAACUCAAAAUUGUACUGGUAAAAAUAAUGAGUUCUGCAAUGGACCGCUAACACCCAACACCGAAUAUGUCUUAGCCAUCCGUGGAUAUACCACCAAUGGGUAUCAAAUUAGUAAUAAGCUACGAUUUGUCACCCAAGACUUGGAAAAAACUCAGAAUGUUGUUAUGAUUAUUGGUAUAGUAGCAGGAGUGUUGCUAAUAAUAAUCAUAUCAAGUUUAGCCUGUGUUUAUUGGAAACGUAGACCUAACAAACCAAUAAGUCUUGAAGAAGCAAAUCAAAUAGUUCACAAUCAGGUAAUUGAGUUUAUUCCACCAUGUUCGGUGAAAAUUGAGGAAUUCCCUGCUUAUUACAAUGAAAGAAAGUUUAAAUUAAAUGAAGAAUAUGAAAGUCUUCAAAAUAUCGGUGGAGACUAUGAAAGGACUAUUGGAUCACAAGCAGAAAAUCGAAAAAAGAAUCGAUACAUUAAUAUUUUACCUUACAAUUCUUCGAGAGUAUGUUUAGAAGGCUGUGAAAGUGAUUACAUUAACGCAUCCUACAUCAAAGGAUAUUCUGGUGAAGUGGAAUAUAUUGCAACACAAGGACCUUUAGAGUCUACAGUUGCGGAUUUUUGGAUGAUGGUAGUAAAUGAAAACUGCAGUGUGGUCGCGAUGGUUGCCCAAUUCGAAGAGCAGAAAAAGAUUAAAUGUCAUCGAUAUUUUCCAGAUUGUAGAGAACAAAUGGAGCUUUAUUUAGAUGAUGGUGGGGAAAUGAUGGUGAGAUGUUCCUAUGCCUUAAACUUUGAUUACUACAUUGAAAGGCAAAUCAUUGUGCAAGUUAAUAAGAAACAAGUUGCUGUUACACAUCUACAGUUCUUGAACUGGCCAGAUUUUGGCUGUCCAGAGGGAACAACAAAUAUGUUGCAGUUUACAAAGAGGUUACGAAGGCACAUGCAAGUAAAUAAUAGUAAAGCAGUGGUGCAUUGCAGUGCAGGUGUAGGAAGAACAGGAACACUUGUUGCUGUUGAUAUUCUUCUGCAAACUAUUCGUGAUGGAAAGGAUAUUGAUAUUUAUGGUACUGUAGUAGCUCUAAGGCAUCAACGGAUGAAGAUGGUACAAGCAGAAUCACAAUAUUUAUAUAUUUAUCAGUGUAUUUUGGAUGAAAUUUUACAACCUGUGGAAUUAACAGAAAUAAAACCAUUAGAUCCAAUCUAUGAAAACAUGGAGAAUUUAAUAGAAAUGAAGGUGAUAUCUAAACAGAACAAUAAUUGUGACACACAAAUUGAAUUUUUUAACGAAGUGAAUCAAGCUACUGACGAGAAUGAAGGAAAAACUAAUAAAAGUUUGGAUGACGAACAAAAUAAAAUCAAUAAUGCCAAAUCUAUGAACAUAGAGGAUACGUGAUUACCGCAAUAUAAGGAGUUAUUAAAGUAUAAUUGACUGAUCUCUAGUCUAUAUGUAUUGUAAAUUUUUUGAAUUGGUGUUCUGUGAAUGUACAUAUGAAGAAAAUAGUUUCUUAAUGUUACAUAUGUUAAAAUAAAAUAAAUAAUUAUGCUGGACAACCAAACAUGCAACAAA